AGGAAUGUGAGACUCUGGAAACUUCUCUGAAUUGACUGGAAAUUUGACUCCUGCUCGGUGCUCGGACAUGUUGCUGCUCGCUCUUCUCUUCACUCUGGGAGUGUUUAACACGAAAGCUGAAAGGGAAGAAGUGGUUUGUGUCCUUGGUUCAUCAGUUUUACUGGAUCCUGAGAUCACCAUUGAUUCCAGCAGUAAUGAAAUCCUUUGGACUUUCAAAACCAGCAACAAAAGCCAUGAUGUUAUUUUGGAUCACAUCCCAGGUGUCGCCACAUUGGAACCAAGUGAACAGUUCAAGGACCGUUUACAAUUCAACGCUUUGACUGGGGCACUGACGAUAAGCAGAUUAAAUGCCAGUGACCAAGGAGAUUACACCUUCACUGUUGAUGGGAAAGAGUUGAAAAUAAUGGAGUUGCUUGUCAUUGAUAAAGUUAAAGAAGAGUUUGGUCUCCUUGGCUCAGCGGUUUUACUCGAUCCUGAACUCAAAGUUGAUCCCAGCAAGAGCGAAAUAAUUUGGACCUUCAUCAGCAGGAGCAUUUUGCAUCAUAUCCCAGGUCACAGCUUAGUGGAACUGAGUGACGAGUUCAAGUUUCGUCUGCACUUUAAUACUUCUAAUGGUGCUCUGACUGUGAAUGGAGCAGAACAUGGUGACCAAGGAGAUUACACCUUCAUUGUGGAUGGACAGGAGCUGAGAAUAAUACAACUGCGCCUCCUCGAUGAACUGUCAGAAGGGUCCAUAUUUACCAACAUCGAAUUACUGGGUUCCACGAUCGAGCUCACCUGUGAAGUCUUUGGAGAUUCGAAUGUGUAUCAGUGGCAGAAGAAUGGAGGGGAAAUCUCCCAGCAUCAGCAACUAACAGAUGAAAACAGAACACUUGUUAUCCCAAGCGCUUCAUUUGAAGACUGUGGAGUGUACACCUGCAUCACAACCAAUCCUGUCAGCUCCAUCCAGGCAAACUACACCUUAAUGUUGCGAGCAUCACCAUCCCUCCAGGGCCUCCUUGACAGCCAGAAGCUUCCGGUUCCCAAUGGCGUAAUUGCUUUUGGACGGAGUCAAGUGACAGGAAGGAAAAGCACAAGGAUGCAGCAGGCUAUCCGCAGACGAGUGCUGACAGAGGACAGCUCCAGUGCCUACUCUGGAUGCAUCUACCUUGACAAUGACUGGCUGUUGCAGCAGCGGGCAGUGGUGAAACAUCGCGUUAGCUCAGAAAAUGCUUGCCAGAUUAAUGUGGUCAUCCAGACUAUCCUGCUCAUCCUGGAGAGCGAUCUCAUGCCGGACCCCUGCAUUCAGCCCACCUUGGAAGGCAGUGACGAGGGAUCUUUUAUUCCAUCCCAUCUCUAA